UAAAAAUAAUUACACGUGUAACAAUAUGGAAUCUAAUACCACAGCAGCCAUUAAUAUGUCAAUGACGCAAAAUCCAACUAAAUUUCUGGAAAAUGGUACAAUGCUUGGUGCACUGACGAACUGCAGCAAUAGCAUGCCAAAUGUUAAGGUUGCCGAAAAGCAAAUGGUGAUACCGGAAAUAGUGAUCAGUGCAAGCUACAGCACUAAUAGUCUGAAUCAGAGUCAAUAUAUGAUUAAUACCGUGGAAAGUAAUGAAGAAAUCGCUGUAGAGAGUACAGCACUCUUAGCUGCGGCACAAUCUGAUGUAGAGGCAUUACCGUCCGAUGAAUUCGAACAAUUCGUACUUAAUCGCACCACAUCAGACAGUAAUAUAUUGGACUCCAGCAUAUACAGUGAAUUACAGUUCUCACCCUCAAAUGACGGCAAUUCAAGCGGUAGUGGCGGGCCCACUGCACAACUGCCGACAACUCAAUCAAGCACAGCUUCAUCUCACGCUGUUGAUUUACUUAAUACCAGCACGUGUUCACGCGACUCGCGCCAAGCGAAACGCACACGACGCAAACAUAAAUCUAAGUCAAAAUGUGGUACCACGCCACCACAACGCGCAACACCUGUAAUGGGUACUUCGUAUCCACCACAAUACACAGCCAUUUUUUUGGAUCCGCAUCACCAUAGCGGCACUGCCAAUGCAAUAGGACAAAUUGCAAAUGCGGCAGCGCCAUCAGCAUUUAUAAAUGGACCUGUUACUGAUGCAGCAUAUCUGCAACAACAAUUUCAGUAUUUUCAGCAGAGACCAAUGAUGACCUCGCUAAAUCAACAUCACAGAUCCUUGCUGGACCCUACGGCCUCUCAUAGUGGCAUACAUGCCGCAAAUGACAGCAAUUCCUCCCAAAAUGCCAGCAGCACUAUUACCACGAGCACUUCCGCAGUCAAUCCAGCGACGAGAUUAAAUAUGCGCAAAUGGUUUUCACGUCCCUCACUACCGUUCGUCAUAGGCAUCUUGGCUUUGGGCGGCGUCGCUUGUACUUUGGGUGGCAUUGUAUUAGGUUCUACAGGACUAAUUGAACACUCUACACAAUAUUUGAGUGCUGCGCUGCUGAUGAUUGGCAUUGGCGUCUCAUUGCUUGUGAUAUCUGGUGCAAUUUGGCGUUUAAGCUUACCUGAUGACACUGACGAUUGCCCGUGCUAUCGGCAUAUGGAAACAUGUCGCAACUGUAAUAGUCCAUACUGUAAUAAUCGUUUACUGCCUGGUAGCUACUUGUAUCCUGAGUUUCAACAUCGCCCACCGCCGCCUUCCUACUUGACUUCAUUAAAUGAAUGUGCUGCUAUGAGUCUGCUAUUCCAUCCAGCAACUCAACAAGCCGCAUAUAAUACUUUACGUAUGAACACACCACCGCCACUGUACCGAUCCACUAAUUCAUUAGCCGUUUUCAUGCCCAACGGAAAUAGUAAUAACGGCCAGCCGAACAACAGUAUAUCAACUGGAAAUGCCAUCAAUCCUACAACAAUUCCAGUCCUACCUAACGCUGGUAGUAUUCUGCAGGAUCACAAUGCGCUAACCAUGAGUGUCGUCAUGGAGAAUCUGCAAGCACAGACGCAAGCUGUGACUAAAGAAUUCAACUACUUAGAACUGGAUUAGAAUAAUAAGCAUUGAGGAAUAACCAUCAAGAAGUUGUAUGAUAUAGUGUAGAAGAGAGUAAGAAUAUAGGAGAAAAUAUUGAGGAGAGAAAAAAUUUAGUAUAGAAGAGGAGAGAGAAAACUAAGAAUAUAUAUGUUAUGCAUGAAGAGAGAGGAAGGCACGAUAUAAUUCUCACCCACCAAAGUGGGAUAAAUGUCAAAUAUAUAUUUUUAAUAUUCAUUGUUAGG